ACCCCUGCCAUCCCGUGUUCAUUUGUUUGCCAGAGAAGUUAUCAAGCGCAAGUGGUGAACUGCUCAACGCUAACGAAGUGAGCAAAUUACUUAACUAAUCAAGGCGUUAAGCAUGGCAUUGUUUGAAAAGGUGCAACGGUUGAAAAGCGAAUAUCACCAGGAGCUCAUCCAGUUUUACGAACAGGGACCGUUUCCCAUCGAAGUCCGCAACCUAUUCGCACAACACAUUGAGGACACGUUGUGUGGGGACCGUCCCCUUGAUGCGGACGACGCAGCGCACACACUCGAGAUUCGUGACUUUGUGGGGAGGACGUUGGGUCUUUUGGAGGAGCGUCUCGCCAAAGGGGAGGCCUUCCCCUUCUUCGUCAAACACAAACUGGAUUCUGCACUUCACCAGCUCAAGGAGCAACACGCCACAGAUUCCGCUCCCAUAUUCCGAAGGAUGCAAGAGUGCUUAAAGUUUGAGAUCGACUUGGUGAGGCGUUCUGAAAGCGGGGUUCAGAUGGAGCAGGACCUGCUCAUGGACAACCUCGCCUAUAUGAGCAAACGGGUAGAAGGGACGAACCAGCUUUUGAAAAGGAUGAUGGCAGAGCAGGAUGGUUUGGACCUUCACCUCCAAGAUAAGCAAUCGCUACAAGACCGCUUAGAUUCUGUCCAGGGAAUGGUGCAGACGGAGCAAACUAAAAGCUUUGAGCAGACAUUGAAGGACGGCAUCACACAAAAAAUUUCUGCAAUAGAGAGGAACCUGCAGUCUUUGAUGAGGCUUCGAAAUGAAUUUUGGGAAGCCAUGCGGACCAAUACCAAAAGCAUUUCGGAACUGCAAGCUCAAAUUUUUCAAGAAAAGCUUUUCGUUUGGAAGUUUCAGCAGCAAAAGGCUGCGAACGGCUUCGCAGCAGUGAAUCCUGUGUCGUUGGACAAAGUUCAGAUAUACCUUGAAAAUCUGGCCGAACUAUUGUGGAAAAGUAGACAACAAGUCCAAGAAAUGGAGCGUCUGCGCCUUCGUAACGCCGUGUUCAACGAUGUGGAGUGUGACGUGCUUCUGGAGGACCUCGUGACCCUUAUCACGAACCUCCUCAACGCUGCCUUUCUCGUUGAGGAGCAACCGCCCCAAGUGAUGAAAAAGGGAAACAAGUUCCCCACCGCGCCCAAGGUGACCCUGCUCAUCGGAAAUCUCCACAUCCACAUGUCCUCCCCAUUUCCACAAGUGACCACCUGCAUCAUCCGUGAAGAUCAGGCUCGCACCCUCUCAACUUCUGAGAAACUCGUCACCGCCAUGUCCGUCAUCAACGACAAGGUCAAUCUCGAGGUAAACGGCAGCACGCGACGCCUCUCCGCCAAGUUCGCUACUCUUCAGCUGAGAGAAAUCAAACGUGCGGAACGCCGCGGGUCAGGGAACAACUCGUCGGAGAGCGUAAUGGAGGAAAAACUGUGCUUCCUUUUCGAGUCUUGGCUGCAUGUGGGGGAUCUCAAGUUGCGGGUGAGGACGCUUUCUAUGCCGGUCGUCGUUACGAGUCAUGGCAGUCAGGAUGCCACAGCAGUGGCGACGAUCUUAUGGGACAACGCAUUUGGUCUGAUGGGGCGUAUCCCCUUUCAAGUGCCCAACCGCGUCCCUUGGGUUGACGUUGCACAACUCAUGUCAGCAAAGUUCUUGUCAGUCACGGGGCGCCCCUUAUCGGAGGAUAAUCUGAGAUGUCUCAGACAAAAAGCCUUCCGUGGGAAUUCUCACUCUGAGCACAUUACGUGGGCUGAAUUUUGCAAGGACAGUCUCCCCGAACGCAACUUUUCCUUCUGGCAGUGGGUUUACGCUGCCCUUAAGAACAUUGAGAGGAAGGAGACGCACCUCAAGGACUUGUGGAUUGCGGGACUUCUUGUGGGAUUUAUAGAUCGUGAUGUUUCAUCGUCGAUGCUUAGCUAUCGUGAACCAGGCACUUUCAUGCUCCGAUUUUCGGACUCGAAACCAGGUUCCAUUUCCAUCUCUGUCGUCAACGAGGAUCGGUCCGUCUUCUGCAUCGCCCCCAUGGACGAAAAUGAGUUGAAGCAGAAGAGGUUGGCAAAUUGUAUCAGGGAUUUGGACAAACUCAAGUUCCUUUUCCCAGACAUUCCAAAGGAUCAAGCGUUUAGCAGUUUCUACUCGAACGUUGAGACUUCUACCGGAAAGGGAUACGUCCCCCUUGUUCCCAGCCUUCCUGAUGGUAAUUCCGGCGGUAGACGAGUGUCUGGUGGAACAUUACCUUCAUUUUUCAUGUCUCCCUCAUCCCUUCACAGCCCAGGAGGUGUCCAAUCUCCAAUGGGGGCUAGUAGUCCAAUGUACGCCGGGAGUUUCAGCAGUCCCACGAGUCCGAUGGGUAACACGAGUCCGAUGGGUAGCAACAUGUCCCCGCAAUUACCGCUCCCACCCUACAACACCCUUCCCAGCUUUCUCGACCACCAGCACCUCACCACCAGCCCAAUGCCUUCCAACUCAAUGGACACCUCAGCCCAGUCUGACGAGCAAUUUGUAAAUGAUGCAAUGAACGACAUUGCCGAUUCCUUUUUGUCCAGUUUGCUGAACGAACAUCAAGACCUUCUCAUUACGACGCCCACCAGCACCAACGCACCGCAGGGCACAUGGAGUGACUUUGUCCAGCUUUAGUUAAAAUAUACUUGCACACUUAUUGAUAUGCUGUAUUUAUACCGCUUUGUACCAUUUAAGUUUAUUAGUCUUGUAAUAAUAAUAAAGCUUUUAAUAAAUGUA